CUUGCUGACUUUGCAACUUUGGGCCUUGGAAUUUCUAUGAGAAACUCGUUCUGCUCGUUUGUGGCACCAUGUAGCUUAUCUUGCCUUGGACUUAGCUUUAUUGGUUUACCAGCCAGCGCCAAGAAUGGCAGAUGACGGUGAAGGAUCCGGUGGUGGUAUUGUCGGCUUUUUAUUCGGCAAUGUCAAUGAGAGGGGAGAGCUGGAAGACAAUGGUUUACUGGAUGAGGAUUCUCGAAGGCAGCUCGGCCAGCUACAUGAUGUACUUGGUUCCUAUAUUGGGGAUUUGAAGUCGGAGGAUGGCACUGAAGCAGAGCUGCCUGAAGUGGAGGAGAAAGCCCCGGAUGCCGUGGACUACGGUGAUAUCGAUGAGCUGUGUGACGAACAGACACGCUCUCACCAUGUGCGUACGGCACUGAGCCUUGUCAACAAAUCUGCUCAUGGCAUUUCACCCCUGGCAGCAGCUUCGUCAGGCAGUGCAGCAGCAACAGCAUCGGCAGCACAAGGUACUGGUGACGAUGACGACUACGACGAUUACGACACUCCUGAACCCAUUGCCAGCGUUGGUCAGGCGUCCGGACCGUCCCCUGCGUCCUUUCAAUCACGUCCUGUGCAGCCCAAGGCAUCGCUAACUAGCACAGGCACUGGUGGCGUAGCCGUAACAAAUGCAUCUCUCUCCGUUCUGGCUGGAAGCUCACCGUCAGCCACUGCAUCAUCACCAGUUCCCUCAGACGGUAGUGCUGGCAAGCCCGAUGUCGACGGUUUCCAGGCAAAGCCGUCGGCAGCCACCGUGAUCAUCAAGCCCAAGACCAACUUCAUUCCGUCGCGCCUGUCCUCGCUGCCCAGCAAAGCACCGCUGUCGGCGGCGGAAUCACCUUCACAGGUUUCUACCGCUGGUGUUCGUCCUGGCGUAACCGUGUCCUCCUCUCCUGCAGUAGCAUCCAGUUCAACUGCCGUUGUGUCACCUACCAAGGCAGGCCAUGCUGUCGCUAAUGGUGUUGACGGCAGCACUGCGGCAAACCGCUCUGCGUCCGACACACCAAUGGAUGUUGACGAGGGCGCGGCGUCUGGGCCUGCCGCUGCACCGGUGCCCGAUGAGCAGCAGAUUGCUCGCGAUCGGCAGGAGAUUCUGGUCCUGGCGCGCAAGUACUACCCCGACUUCCAUCCCGACAAGGUGAUACGCUUCUCUCGCCUGUUCGGCCCCGGCCGAGCGUCGUCCAUACCGCGCACCUGGAAGGACAUUGCCGUGCCACGCAAACGCUCGCCUCGGCGCACCUCCUCGGGCUCACAGCUCGACGAGUCACAGAGCGAGGGAGAGAGAGACGAGAGUGCGGCAGAGAAGCCUAAGGAGACAGGACCGCAGCAGGACAACGGAGAACUGGUGAACGGGGUGGAGGUGGUGGACGCCGCCGAGGAGAAGAUCGAGGAGCCAAAGAAGCCGAAGAGGAUCGACUUCUGGGUGGACGAGAGUGGACGUCUACGCUUUGGCUGUCGGCCAUCCAAGCAAGAACGUGAUGCGGGCGAAGAUCCAUUCUUUUCUUUUCGUCUCUUUUCUUUCCCAGGUCACAUUUCUGCAGUGCAAAUCCGUGGCCGGUCGUCCAAAUCACUAGACUUUGAGAACGGUCGUAACGGCACAGGCCAGUCCGAGCUACAGCGUAUCAGCAAGCUAGUGGAGGCGGCAGCAUGGCGUCACGGACCGGCCGCACUUAUCUACGACAUGGUCGGCUUGUCGGAGGACGCUGUGGACCUGCAGCUGGGUGCUGCUGGUGGUGGUACUGCCGGUGGCUCUACGAACAGUGGUCAGGCGAAAAAGAAACGUCUGAAUGGCGACAGCAAUGGACGCGCAGGAAAUCCUCUCUCAUUGCUCCAGCAACAGCAGCCGCAUCAACAACAACAGCAACAGAGGCAUGGCUCUGAAGCAAGGGCGUCAAGCGAUGCCGACUCUGGCGUCGCACCCAUCUCUGAUGGGAUCCUGGACGGGAUCACGCCUAUCUCACCGUCGCGGGUCAUUUCCGAAGAUGCCUACUCCAUGGUAACGCAGAUGCAAUGGGAAGAUGAGAUUAUCUGGAAAGACGAGGAUAUUGUGGCACGUGGUGGUCUCAAGAUCUCUACAGUCACGGCCAAUCACGCUGGCCUCCAGGGUGCCCUGCAGCGUCGCAAUCAAGCGCCAGGGUCCAUGACCAGCACACCAUCGUGGAAGCCCAGAACACCAAGUUUUCCUCAAGCUCGCACGCCCUCAGGGACUGGACCUGGUGGGUCUAACGGCCGAUUUCCCGGUGGAAAUAAUAGUAGCGCUGUCAACACUCCGCCAGAAGUGGAGAAGAAAGAGCCAUGGUAUUCCAUAUUUCCCGUGGAGAACGACAAUCUUCUGGCGGACGACUGGAGUAGGCAAGUUAUCUGGGAUACGGAGGCAAUACCUGAUCCCAUUGCUCCUAUGGUCUUGAAGCUGAACAGCAAUGAUGAGAACUUAGUGCUGGGAUUGCCUGAGGAUAGCGCAGCUAUGGAAGACCUGGCUGCCACCAGUACUGGCAAGAAGGAGUCGAAGAAGAGCAAGGUUUACGGUCUGAAGAAAGACAAACCUGUCGAGGAUUCACAGUCUUCAGAGCCUCGUGCAGCUAAGGACAUGUUCAACCUAUCCAAUGAUGACUAUUACUCACCUCAACUGAAUGUACACGACACGGCAGGACCUACAACGUCCACGACACGCCUGACCGUACCGCACUCUCGGCUGCUCUCGAGCUCCACCCGGCAUGUUUCCCAACAAACUUCUCCGUGUACGAGUUGCGCAGUUUUCCACCGACACCCGCUGAAGCUACCACAGCGACCUUCUGCUAACAACCAGGGCUUCAAGCCUGUCACCUCAGUCACUAAACACAAGAAGAAGAAGAGCAAGGAGAGAGAGAAAGAGCGUGCUGCUACAGGCGGCGGUGAGGUUUUCUUCAUGAGGGAGUUGGAAGACCUGAGCAGCAUGGACGGCGACGUAGUGUUGCUGGAAGUCAGCGAGGAACACCCGCCGCUGCUGCUGCAACGUGGCAUGGCCGGACGUAUUGUCAACUACUACAAACGAAAACCUAUAAAUGACACAGGUCCGCCAAAGUAUGAUUUCGGCGAGAACGCGUUCAUCCAGCAGACACCGUUCCUUGGCAGCCUUGCUCCGGGACAAUCUCUUCAGAGCAUCGAGUGUUCACUAUACCGCACGCCGAUUUACCGGCACAAUGCGCAUCCGACGGACUUCAUCUUGAUCAAGACCCACGAUCAUUACUACCUGCGCGAGUACAAUGGCCUGUUUAUUAUGGGACAGAUCUGCCCUAAGGUCGAGGUACCCGGCCCGAAUUCAAAACGGGCUGGGGAGCAUGUGCGCGAGUUCCUGAAGGUUUUCAUCUUUCGACUUUUCCGUAACAGCACGGAUAACCCUAGGCGAUUAAAAAUGGAGACCAUCCGGAAAGCAUUUCCUAGCCACUCGGAGAGCAGUGUCCGGAAGCGUCUUAAGCUGUGCGCGGACUUCAAGCGUACUGGCGCAGGUAAUGACUGUGGCUGGUGGGUGCUGAAAGAGGAUUUCCAGCUACCGUCCGAGGAGAAGAUGCGAGCGAUGAUGACCCCGGAGCACUGUUGUGCUUUCUACUCCAUGCUGGCAGCGGAACAACGACUCAAAGAUGCUGGUUUUGGUAGUAAGUCCAUGUUUGCAGAAGAAGACGAAGAAGAUAAUCAAAAACUGGAUGAUGAGGUGUUAACAGCACCAUGGCACACAACGCGUAACUUUGUGGCAGCAUCGAAAGGCAAGUGCCAGCUUGCUGUGUUUGGCAAUGCCGAUCCCACCGGCUGUGGAGAGGGCUUCUCCUAUGCCAGGGUUCCCAACAAACCCAUGCAAGGAAAGGAGGAAGGAGCUAACCCGACUCCGGCUCAGCAGAAGAAAGCCGUUACUGGCACUGAUGCUGACUUACGACGCUUGUCUUUGAAGAAUGCUCGUGAAGUUCUGAAGAAAGAUUUUGGCUACACAGAGGAAGAGCUGAACAAACUAGGACGCUGGGCUGUCAUUGAUGCAUUGAGAACUCACUCCACUCAGGCUGCUAAAGAGGGAAAGGAGGGAAUGAAAAACAGCAAGUUCGCGCGCGGUUCUCGAUUUUCUAUGGCGGAACAUCAGGAACGCUACCGUGAAGACUGUCAGAGAAUCUUUGACAUUCAAAACAGAGUGCUUGCUUCUGAGGAGGUUCUCUCAACUGAUGAAGGCAGUAGCAGUGAGGACGAAGGCAAGAAUCUUGACAAGCUGGCGUCUGGCUUGGACAACUUCCUGACCAGCAGCAAGACGACAUCCCAGCUGACGUUUGAGCAGGAGGAGAUGGAGCGGCGUAAACUGCAUGACCUGCUCGACAAGGAGAAGGAUGAUAAGAAUGGCAAGGACAAGGAUGGAAAGGCGGAUAAGUCCAAGAGCACGAAGUCGUCUCCGAACAAGCAAGAUGGUGAUGAUACCACAUCUCUUGCUAGCAAUGAUGAACAGCAUGCUUGGCAGAAUGUCAGCGGGAAAAAACCGCCGUCUUCUCAUUCCCGCACAUUCCAGGAGAAUGACAAACUGUUUGUGCGCACGGAGAUUGUCACACACCCAGAGGUCAUUGAGGCUUAUCUUCGUGUUGCCGGCAAGAAGGACAAGGCUGUCUACGCAGAGCAUGAUGAACACACGAGGGAAGCGAUGCGGAGAGAAAAGCGCAGGAUUCAAGAGCAGCUGCGACGUAUUAAGCGCAAUGAGGAGAAGGAACGUGCCCGUGCGGAGCGCCGCAGGAAGAAAAUGGAGGAGAAGGAGCUUAACCCCAACCUUGCAAAGAUGCGAUGUGGAGCAUGUGGAGGCUUUGGUCACAUGAAGACCAACAAGCACUGUCCGAAGUACAUUGCCAGGGACAAUCCACCCAGUGUAUUAGCGGAAGAACCUGAUGUUCCAGAGGAAGCUCCUGCACUCCCGCAGGAUCACUUGGUGAAGGUCGAAGGCACCAAAGUUUCGUUUGAUCGAUCUGUUCUGGAACAGUCGAAUCGCAUGCGCCAGGACGCCUUGCGUGUACGGAUUCCGCGAGAGCUAAUUCGUCGACGGCGUCGCACCACCUCGGAACACUGCGACUACCUGCAGAGACAUGCUCGUACUAAUCACCGGCGACGAACUAACCCUCACGUCGACAUGGGCAACAUUCUGGAAAAGAACGUCGUGGAGAAGAUGAGGCAGUUGCCGGAUUCCUACCCGUUCCACACCGCAGUUCCAGCCAAGCAAGCUCCCGACUACUACACCAUUGUCAAGGAGCCCAUGCAUUUACAGCUCAUGAAAGAGAACAUCAGAGAUCGCUUGUAUCGUUCUCGCGAGGAGUUCAUGAAUCAUGUCGACUUGAUGGUCCGCAACAGUGUCCUCUACAACGGUAACAACAGCCCUCUGACUCAGAUUGCAGAGAGCAUGCGCCAGAUUGCCGUUGCUGAGAUAGCCAAGAGCGAGAAGCAGUUGUCCGAACUGGAACGUCAGAUCAAUCCUCUCCUAAGUGAUGAUCCCAUGGUAACAUAUAGCUGUCACCUUGAGAGUGUGACUCAGAAGAUGAAAGCGGUGCCUGACUCAUGGCCGUUCUACUUCCCUGUGCAAACCAAGGACGUACCUGACUAUUAUACCAUUGUCAAACAACCCAUGGAUGUGCAGACACUGCAGAAGAACUGUCAAGAGCAUUUCUAUCAUAGCCGUGAAGAGUUCCUUCGUGAGUGCGACUACUGCACGCAAACAGCCUGCUCUACAAUGGCAGUGAAUCUCCGUACACCAAGACAGCAGAGAGAAUGGUCAAGGUUGCAGAGGAGACGGUGGAAGCUAUGAGUGAUCAACUGGACGGCUGUGAAGCAGAAAUUGGUAGCAUGUACCAGACACCACUCAGCAGCAUCAGCAAUAGCCCGGCACCAUCAUCUGGAAUGGCGACUUUCGAGGAUCCCCUAGGACUGGUGGAUAGCGACAUGCUUGCCAAGCAUGAUGAGUUCAAAGCAACCUGUCAGAUUAGCGGAUUAUCGCGCAGACGAUGAAGGUGCAAACAGUCUGGGUCUGAGUACCACGACUGGAACCAACUACAACAUCCUCUACGACGACCUUGAGGCAAGCAGCGGUGAAGAUGACGAUGAUUACGCACA